AAAGCUCUGAGGAGGAGCUGAGCGUCUCCUCCGUCCGCCAUUUUCCUGCGGCGACCAGCUGUGCAUGUGUGCGUGAGGGAAGGAGAAGGGAGGCUUACGGUGGUGGUGGCGGCGGCGGCCGAGCGGCAGGCCGCGGUAGUGGUCGAGUCCGAGGAGGCGGGGAAGGAGGAAAGAGGAAGGAGGAGAAGCCUCUUCCCGGGUGACAGGCCCGGCCCUUCCGAAGGCGGAGCGCUGCCGGGCGUCCUAAGCGGCGGCGGCGGCGGCGUUGUUGAGUCCAGCCGGUACCGCCCUCCUUUCCUCCCUCCCUCCUUCCUUCUUCUCCUCCUCCUCCUUUCCCCGUCCCUGCUUCACCAGCCUGGUUGAGGAAUAGCAGCAGCAGCGGAGUGACUCUGAAUCCGGCACCGCCAUGUCUGGGCAGAGCCUGACCGACCGCAUCACGGCGGCGCAGCACAGCGUGACCGGCUCGGCCGUGUCCAAGACCGUCUGCAAGGCCACCACGCACGAGGUGAUGGGCCCCAAGAAGAAGCACCUGGACUAUUUAAUACAGUGCACAAAUGAGAUGAACGUAAAUAUCCCACAGUUGGCGGACAGCUUGUUCGAAAGGACAAUGAACAGUAGCUGGGUGGUGGUAUUCAAGUCACUCAUCACAACACACCAUCUAAUGGUGUACGGAAAUGAGCGUUUUAUCCAGUAUCUGGCUUCCAGGAACACAUUGUUUAACUUGAGCAAUUUCUUGGACAAAAGUGGAUUGCAAGGGUAUGAUAUGUCCACAUUUAUCAGAAGAUAUAGCAGGUAUUUGAAUGAAAAAGCAGUUUCCUACAGACAAGUAGCUUUUGAUUUCACAAAAGUAAAAAGAGGUGCUGACGGAGUCAUGAGGACUAUGAAUACUGAGAAACUCCUAAAAACAGUACCAAUAAUACAAAACCAGAUGGAUGCACUUCUUGAUUUCAAUGUCAACAGCAAUGAACUUACAAAUGGCGUAAUUAAUGCUGCUUUCAUGCUUCUCUUCAAAGAUGCCAUUAGACUCUUUGCAGCAUAUAAUGAAGGGAUUAUUAACCUGUUGGAAAAAUACUUUGACAUGAAAAAGAAUCAAUGCAAAGAAGGCCUUGACAUAUAUAAGAAGUUUCUGACUAGAAUGACAAGGAUUUCUGAGUUUCUCAAAGUUGCAGAGCAAGUGGGGAUAGACAGAGGAGACAUACCAGAUCUUUCUCAGGCACCAAGCAGCCUUCUUGAUGCAUUGGAACAGCACUUAGCCUCCUUAGAAGGAAAGAAAAUCAAAGACUCUACUGCUGCAAGCAGGGCUACCACUCUUUCCAAUGCAGUCUCCUCCCUCGCAAGCACCGGCCUGUCGCUCACCAAAGUAGAUGAAAGGGAAAAACAAGCCGCACUAGAGGAAGAGCAGGCACGUUUAAAAGCUUUAAAGGAACAGCGUCUAAAAGAACUUGCAAAGAAACCUCACAACUCCUUAACAACAGCCUCCUCUCCUGUGUCUAAUGCAGCAGGAAGCAUAAUGACUACACCAGCCGUUGACAUUUUUUCCACACCUAGUUCUUCAAACAGUACAUCAAAGCUGCCAAAUGACCUCCUUGAUUUGCAGCCAACCUUUCAUCCGUCUGUGCAUCCUAUAGCCUCUGCGCCACAAGUAGGAGGGACCUGGGGAGAUCCUUUCACUUCUACUGCUGACGCUGUUGAUGAUGCCGUUCCAAGCCUAAAUCCUUUCCUCACAAAAUCUAGCGAUCACCUCUCUGUCUCUUCUGACGUACUACCCACUUUCACUUCUAGGACACCAACUCAUGAGAUGUUCGUUGAUUCUUUUUGUGGUCCUCAAGCUUAUCCUAACGCUUCCCAUUUCCGCAGUGAGCCCUCAACUGUAGCUGGCCUAUUUGGAGGGUUCACCCAGUCUCCUGUUGCUCCGUCGCAGCCCUCAGCAGGCCUUAAUGUUGACUUUGAGUCUGUAUUUGGCAACAAAACUUCAAAUGUACCUGUGGAUUCUGGUGGGUUUGAUGAAUUAGGUGGACUCCUAAAACCAACAGUGGCCUCUCAAAACCAGAGUCUUCCAACAUCAAAAGGUCCACCCAACAAGUUAGUGUUGGAUGAUCUAGAUUCAUCUUUAGCCAAUCUUGUGGGCAAUCUGGGCAUUGGAAAUGGAACAACUAAAAAUGAUGUGAACUGGACGCAGCCAGGAGAAAAGAAGCUAACUGGAGGCUCCAACUGGCAACCCAAAGUUGCACCAACAACAGCAUGGAACACUCCAACAAUGAAUGGCAUGCAUUUUCCACAAUACGCACCGCCUGUCAUGGCCUAUCCUGCUACAACGCCAACAGGAAUGAUGGGCUAUGGAAUGCCAUCCCAAAUGGGAGGAGUACCAGUAAUGACGCAACCAACCUUAAUAUACAGCCAACCUGUCAUGAGACCUCCAAAUCCUUUUGGUCCUGUAUCGGGAGCCCAGCUGUCUGCAGCAUCCAGCCCAUCCACUCAGAGUCCACACAGAGCUUCAGGGAAGGAUCCUUUUGGAGAGCUCUCCCUCCAGGAUUUCUUAUAGGACAAUUUAGAUACAAUUCAUGUAACCGCACCAGAAGGAGUGGGACAGGAACAGUUCCAGAAAGACACGUGCUCGACAGCAGACCCUUCUUUCCAGCCAAAUCAGAACUGAUGCCUCAGCUCUCCUCUUCACUAGAACGGCCUGGUAAAACCACACAAGGCCCCACAACAGCAGUAGGAGCACCAACAUAGGGAAGCCUUGAAACCCCGCAGCACUCUCGGUAUAAAACCAAGAAUUGCCACAAUUUUGGUGUGGGAUCUUUUUUCUUUUUCUUUCUCCCCCCUUCCUGGUGACUUCUAAUCAUGUCAGUAACUCGCCACCUGUUUUAACACUCUCCGUCAGUAACACACACACAAAAGGAAGCCUCUUAUUUUGCCAUGAAGGGUACAACAAGCACCUGGAACUGCUGCUUGGGAUGAAGAGCUGGGCAUCCUCCCACUGUUAACUCCAAUGACUUUCUCUAGGGGAUCAAAUCCGAAAACACUCUCUUAAUUCUGCCAUUUUCCUUUCUGCAGUCAUCGCAAAUGUUAGAGUCAAUAAUGGAAAGUUUUAACUUUUUAAAAAAAGAAUUAUAUAUUCCGUUUGCAUAGACAUUCCUUUAUGUAUUAUUGUUUGUAUUUAUUUAUGAUUAUCAGUUUAAGUAACAAUGUAUCACAAAGCCUCCUUUGCGGGGAAAUGAGCGUGGAUGUAUACAGUAUGUCUCCCUUUUGGAGUUUCUUUUUUUCUCCCUUCCCUCCUCCUCUCUCUUCCCAUUUUUAUUCACGAGAACUAUUCUGAUUCAGAGUGCAUCUUCACUCCAAUAACGCACCCAAACUACACAGAGCACUGAGUACAUUCAAUGGUCUGAAAACACCAAUUGUCCAAUCUCCAUGGGAAUUAGUUCUGUUAAGGAUUUUGGCAAGGGGUGGGGUGGGGGAACAGCUGACUGGUUGGGAGGAGCACAGAAUUUCUCGACCAGAUGUUGGUGCUUCUGGGAUGAACUUUUUUCCUUGCUUUGUGCUUGGCAUGUCAUUUAUCUUACACUUGACGUACGGCCUUUCCAAAAUGAAUGUGAGGAAUUGCUUUCAUUUUUAAAGACUUUCCUUCUUCUCUGUACAAAAACCAAGCAAACCCCGUUAAAACUUCUGAGGUAUUACGUGAAAAAAGCCUUCAAUCUUUUCUUCUUCUUCUUCUUCUUCUUCUUCUUCUUCUUCUUCUUCUUCUUCUUCUUCUUCUUCUUCUUCUUCUUCUUCUUCUUCUUCAUUUGCUAGUGCCAGCUCCAUGAUCAUGUAUCGUGAAAUAGAAUAAAAACUCAGAAGAGAAGUUGUGUCUUUACUAAAGGGCACAACCCCAACCACCAAGUUCCCCAGCAGAAGCUCCAUUCAGCGGUCUGGUGGGGGGCUUGUGCAGGAGAACUUGCUGGCGGGGUUGGCCUUUCAAUGUUGUAGGAACCCUUUUAGUUUUUCUGCAGAAUUUGAAGCAGCGCUGUUGAUCGGUGCUUUGUGUAAAUACAAUCAUACCAGUUUGGGUGGCAUCUGGGGCCUUAAGAAGGAUAGUCAAAAGGCAUGAAAGCAAUUCUGUACAUGAAUUAAGCAUACUUGCUGCAUUGUCUCCGCAGAUUCUAUUUUUGUUUAAAAUGUUUAAAAGUACGUUAGCAAAAAAAAGUGGAUUUUCAAAUAAAAUGCAGCUUCCACAGAACUUCUGUUUAUAGUAUGAAGGUCUACAGUGGUGGGUUGGGAUGUGGGGGGUCUGUUUGGUCUUUUUUGUUGCCAUUUUGCAAGGUAAAAUGUGCUUUGAAACACUGUGAGUGGAGAUUGACAUUUUGGCUGCUUUUGCAAUUUGGUCCAUUGCAUUAGUGGUGAUGUAUGUGGACAACUUUUAAACACAGCUGAAAAUGGUUUGCUUUUAGGGCUCAGCUAGCCUUCUGAAUCCAAUUUCAUCAAGUUCGGUGCUCAGAUUAAACCCUAUGGGGGUGGGUGAAUUUGCCAUUAAAGGGGGGAAAUGCCUGAAUUGUGCCAACUUCACACUUGCGCCAUCUUGGGGGGGGGGGCUCAGCUAUGCCCAAUGACAUGUCAAGAUUGAGGUAAUAAAAUUUGACUGGGCAGUAUUAGGGAGAAGACCAGACUGGAAUUCUCCAAACGGUGCUUUUCUAUGUUAGAGGGAGCAUUCCACCCUCCACUUCUAUAGGGAUGGCUGAAGGUUGUGUGUCCAAGCCUUGAUGGUAACUUCCUCAAAAGAAGCAGUAUUUGUGCUUAAGACUGCUUACAAGUUUGGCUCAAAAAAUCAGGUGGUCAGCCCUACACUGUUCCUCUACACACUCAACCAUGCCCAAAGUUGUUUGUGGAUGUUGAUAGGUCCUCUCUCUCCCCUUGUAUUCAUAUGGAACAGAACCUACCUCUCAUGAGGUACCUAACUACAGCAAAGAGUAGCCAAGCAGCGCUUUGUAGAAGGAGCUUUGUUUAAGCCACAUAUCCCAUUGUCCAGCAGAAAGGAAAAGCCAGCUCAAAUGUUGUGUGCUAGCUAGCAGUUUUUCUUUUAACCAGAAUGAUGGAAGCUAAGCAACUUAGAAGCCCAGAUGAGCAGAAACCGAUCUGAAGCUGGCUACUAGUGGAGUCAGGGCCAACAAAAGGAACAUUUUAACACAGCACAUAGUUGAACUGUGGAAUCAACUCCCACAAGAGGUAGUGAGAGUCACAAACAUGGAUGUCUUUAAAAGAAGAUUGAGCAAACGGAGGGAUAAGGCUGUGUUCUCCCUCCACUCUUGGAGGCAUUGUUUCAUUUAAUCUUAACACCCCAAGGUGAUGUACAAAAUGCUGAAGAUGUUGCAAAGCAACACAAAGAACUUGAGUUUUAAAAUACAGUAAUGCAAAUUAGGUACAUAUGACAGAGACGCACACAUCCAGCUGGGAAAACUUGUCAAAACAAAAAAAUAUAAAUGUACAUUUGAUUGGAUCCUGCCCCUUUCUACAAACUCCCAAGGCGGUUUUAAACAAGCCACUAUCCUGCAGGUUGGUUGUAAGAAGAACUGAGAACGUGUGAAGGUCUUCGAUGGCCCUGAAAACACUGGCAAAUGUAAGUUGGUGCCAUGUCUUGUGAGACUAGUGGGUCCAUGAGCACUGAGGAUUUUUCUCCAAUCGAACAGUAUGAAGAUUUCAUGAAAUGACCACAGAGGUUCACGGAGGGCAAAAAUCAAACCAGAGCCACUUGCAAUAGUAAUUCAGAUCCUGUAUUUGGUGCAUAGGAGGAAUGGGAAUACAAUAUACGCAAUCUACAUACCCUUGUAAAUGUAGCCAAUAUUAACAUCUUUGCUAUGCAAGUCAACAGUUAAGUGUCAUACAAAGGGUGGGGGAGUUUCAACAAUCGGAAGCCUAUUUUUUUUAAAAGAAAAGCAGUAGCCUUUACCUUCCUCACUCUCAAUGAAAAAUGGAUUUGAUCAUCUGGUAGGUGAUGCGAUGCUGAGACCGGCUGAUGUCAUAUUUUUCUUCAAGCUUUGUUCUGCUUGGCAUUUCCCGGGCAUCCUCGUGAACUGGCAUAGUCUGGCCCACCGUAGUCAUCAAUUUCACUGCCAGGGGCCCCAGAUCCUUGUACUCCUGGAGUUCAGAUGGACACAUGAUUAGCGUGUUACCCAGUAGAAAACAUUCCGCUCUCUCCUGCAUCUUAAAAUGACGAUGGCAUAACUGAAUAAGCAAAUCUCUGAUAGAGAGAACAAUCCACAAUCGCCAUGCUGGUAGUGGCUGCUGCUGAAGGAGUACUAGACAGCUCCUGUUCACAAAUCCUUGCUCACUGGGUAAGCUUGGGCCACUUGACCCAGCUCCUCCAGGUGGCUGGUGAAUAAAAUGAUGGGGAGAAUUUCAAUUUCCUGGGGUGCCAAAAUUUCAAGAAUGGCUGCCUCAACCCUGCAAAACCCUGCUUCAACCCUUAAGUAAGAGUGCAGGGUGAGAUGAUCUCUGCAUUCCAGGUGGACUUUGUUGAUUGUGCACAAGGGGAAGAAAUAAUAUCCUGGUCAACUCCUGACCAUUUUUAGGAGCUAUAUUGUUGAGGACAUGAUCAGGCUCAAAUGGACUGUGUGUGUGUGUGU